AUGCCCAGAAUGUCGAAAGGUCUGCCUAUACGGCAGAAAAUACCGAAUGUGGAGAAAGUAAUUUUGGUGUCCUCAGGAAAGGGUGGUGUUGGAAAGUCGACUGUCUCCACAAACUUGGCACUGUCUUUGCGAAACCUUGGGCUGAAAACAGGAUUGUUGGAUGCCGAUUUAUUUGGGCCUUCAAUCCCCAAGUUAAUGAACCUCGCUGGAGAACCAAGAAUCACUGAAACAGGAAAGCUUAUUCCACUGGUAAAUUAUGGAAUCCAAACAAUGUCCAUGGGAUACCUGAUUAGUGAAGAAAAUGCUGUUGUAUGGAGAGGUCUUAUGGUUAUGAAAGCUCUACAGCAACUUCUAUUUGAAGUACAAUGGGAGGAUUUAGACAUUUUGGUCAUUGAUAUGCCUCCUGGAACUGGAGAUACCCAGUUAACUAUUAGUCAGCAGGUCAAAGUUGAUGGUUCUGUCAUAGUGUCUACCCCUCAAGAUAUUGCCCUUCUAGAUGCAGUUAAGGGAAUUACAAUGUUCAACAAGGUCAACAUACCGAUACUGGGACUGGUUCAAAACAUGAGCUUCUUUUUGUGCCCCAAUUGCAACCAUGAAUCCCAUGUUUUUGGAACAGAUGGAGUGUUGAGAGAAGCUUCCAAGCACAACCUUGAAGUACUGGGGUCCAUCCCCCUAAAUGAAAAGAUUUGCACUCAAUCUGAUAUAGGCAAACCCGUUGCCAUUUCAGACCCUCAAUUGGCACCCUUUUAUGCAUCUAUUGCAGAGAAGGUUCGAGCCAAACUAUUUUAG